CAUUUUCUACUUAAAAAUUAUUAUCUCAUCGAAAAUAAUAUAAAAUCUGCAUCUAUACAUGAUGCAUCUGUAUAAAAUUCAUAUUUAUAUCAAUGUAUAGACAUGGUUGCUUAGUAACGAUCUUACAAAACAAUUCCAUUCUAAAAUGUCACACUUACCAUGUUGUGCAGACCUAGGUCAGCUGACAUGAGACUAUAGACUUGACAGCAGUAUUAUUAUUAUCAUUAUUGUUCGUGUUACAUAUUGCUAUAAUCUUUGAAAAGAUAUAUAAAUAAUCUCUCUACGCGGUUUUAUAUAUAUCGGUAAAAAUGCCUCCUAAGAAAGCAAAAGGGAAAACGACGGAUAACGUCGAUGGAGUGGAUACAACGAAAAUGAAUAGGGAACAAUUGGAAAUAUAUGCUCAUAAAAUAUUAGAAGAAAUGGAACGUGAGCGGGAGGAGAGAAAUUUUUAAUUAGAGAGAGAUAAAUUGCGAACUUUUUGGGAAAUAACAAGACAUCAGUUGGAUGAAGCACGCGCUACAGUCAGAAAUAAAGAACGCGAGAAAGAGGAAUUAGCAGAGAAACACGAGGCCGAACUCAAGUUAUACAAGCAGAAAGUGAAGCAUUUGAUGUAUGAGCAUCAGACUAAUUUAUCCGAGAACAAGGCCGAGCAUCUGGUUGCUCUUAAAUUGGCGCAAGAUGAUCACGUUGCACAAGAGAACGAACUUAUUAAAGAUAAAACUGAUUUUAAGAAAAUGCAGAAGGAACAGGAAUUGGCGUAUAUGAACGAGAUACGCGCGUUAAAAUUGCACAAUUCGGAAGAAAUGAAUAACAUGAUGAAGAAAUUCGAGUCUGAAGCGGUAGAAUUGGCAAAAUACGAACAGAAAUUAACCAGUCAAUACGAGUCUUUAACGUUGAAGCAUCGCAUGGAAAUUACAGAAGUGGAGGAAAGAAAGAAUGCGCAAAUUGCGAAUUUGAUAAAAAAUCACGAGAAUGCGUUUGCCGAGAUGAAAAAUUAUUACAAUGAUAUCACUCUCAAUAAUUUAUCGUUAAUUAAGAGUAUGAAGGAACAAAUGGAAUCGAUGAGAAACAACGAGGAACGUAUGAAAAAGCAAGUGCGAGAAUUGACAGCGGAGAAUAAAAAAUAUUCGGCUGAGUUGAAAUCUUUGCAAGAAACAACUACCGAGUUUAAUCGUCAACUUGCAAAUUAUGAGAAGGAUAAACAAAAUUUAGCUAAUACGAAACGGAAAUUGGCCACAGUGGCAAAGGAUUUGGAAAAUUUUAAAUGGGAAAAUGAAGUGCUUGAACUUCGUUUUGAAAAAUGUCAAUCUGAGAGAGAUGAGUUACAUUCUAGAUUUGUCUCGGCUAUUUUCGAAUUGCAACAGAAAACGGGUUUGAAAAAUGUCCUCUUGGAGAAAAAAUUGGAAAAAUUAUCGGAGUUACUGGAACAACGAGAAGCACAGAUUAGUGAAGUGCUGGCCACAGCUCAAUUAGAUCCUGCUGCGGUGGUCAAAGUGAAUAAAAAAUUAGAGGAUAUGCUUAAUAGAAAAAAUACUGCGAUACAAGAUCUGCAAUAUGAAUUGGCUAAAGUUUGCAAAGCACACGACGACUUAUUAGCGACUUAUGAGAGUAAAUUACAAGAAUAUGGAAUUCCCAAAGCUGAACUUGGAGUUCAGCCUCUGAGAAUGAGGAUAACCGGUGCGAAAUUGGGUUUAUGUUCAGCUGGUUUUGUCACUACAAAUCAAUGAAACUCAAAGUCUAACAAGACUGACCUGGGUAUAAUGAUGUUCUGGUCCGUGCUAUUCCAUUGACUGAGCGAGUUGACCACUUGUCCGACGUCCAAGGUACACCUGCCGAUGUAGCUGAGCGGCGGGAUGCUGAGGUUCUCGAAGUGCUCCUCCAGGGUCUUGAGGAUGCAGCGCGGCAUGAACGGCUCCAGGCCGGUUCUACGAGCGGUCGCCCACACGGACGCAUACUCCCAGAUCUGAUUGCCGAGUCUACCGCCCUGCACCGCCGAGACUAUGCCGUUAAUGGGACAGGGAUUGUUGCGCCAGUCGGGUGCCGGUGCCCGGACGUUGGAUGUCUUCAGGGUCGUGCGACAGAGCGUCUGCUCGUACACGGAGAUCUUCAUGUGGCGCGCCGGCGGGGACGACGUGUCAUACAUGGGGAACAGGAAGACGUGGAUGCCGAAUACCACUAAUAGCGCGAGAACUAUCGCGCUCGCAAGCACAUGCUGUUGAGCGUGACUCAUUCUCUCUCCUUCCGCGAGAUUUUUGCGCCACGCAAAUUAAUUUUUUUUCGAGCGACAGGAUCUCUUUCUCUUUCUCUACGUACUUGCUCUCUACCCUCUCUUCACUACUCUGCUCUGCCUUCUUGCUGCCACUACUCUGGUCGGCCACUCGCUCUCUCGCGCGUACGCUAGUCCGGCAUUUCGUAUCUACAGGUGUGCCAUGUCCUUUGCUUUCCGACGUACAUCUUGGUAACGAUAAAUGAGCGAUUAAUGAGCGACACAAGAAAUGCGAACGAUAUCAGAGGAUGCGUGCGCAUUGUGCGUUUAAGGUGAUUGUAAAUCUCUCGUGGAUACUGAAGCGUGCAUCGUUUUAGGGGGCGGGUAAACUUACAAAAAUUUAAGUAUCAAAAUAUACUUUUUAUUGUUUUUAAAGAGAAACGUAGAUAGUUUUUUCUAAAUGAUAAGCUGUAUAAGAUUGCUUCUGAAUAUGUCUAAGUGCUUCAAAUAAAUGUUAAAUAUAUAAGGAUACCAAAACUCUUAA